AUGUCUUUUCAUAAAGAUGCGAAUGAGUAUUUUCGAGAAGUGUUGACCUUCUUACGAGAAGAAGACUGGCUGUUCAAUUAUCCAAACACGCACAUUUUUGUAAAUAGAAUCUUGGACAAUUUUAAAACUGACUGGAUCAGACCUUUGCGAUGUAUCACUAAUAAGGAAUUAAACGAUAUACCAGAAGGUUUUGUAAAUAGCAACUGGCCCACGGAUUUCAAAGAGCUAUUGGUUAAGAUCGCUGCCUUAAAGCAAGAAAUUCAGCAUUACAACUGUAGCCAGCAACCUGUGGUUUUACAACCCCAAGUUCGUUUAUCGGCGAAAAAGGCGCACGAAAUUAGUACGUUACCAUUGGUGAUUCAUGACAUGUGUAGCAAGCACAACGUUACUGUUUUGGUGGACGUUGGGGCUGGAAUAGGAUACCUCUCUCUUAUUUUACACGAGAAUUACAAUUAUAAAGUGCUAGCAAUUGAGGGGAGUGGUGAAAAGGUCGAGCUGGCGCUCAAGUAUCAAGCCAAAUUUUACCCAUCAACCAAAGGUGAUGUUAAAUUUGUACAUCAUUUUAUCACCGAAAACUCUGCCACCACAAUUGAGAACCUUUUGAGUGAGCGUAAUUGGAAGCAAAACGUCGGCAUUGUCGGACUGCACACUUGUGCCGAUUUGAGCGUAACCGUUUUGGAAAUUUUCCAGAAAUUAAGCUACGCGAAGGUAAUGGUGGUCAUGCCUUGCUGUUACCAUAGAAUGGAAGAGAGAACCCUUACACCUGAACAAGAACAAUUUAAGCGAUUUCCCGUUAGCGAAACGCUGAGAAGUGUUUAUGGCAGUCUCAACGGGGAAUCUUUCCUCAGGAGACCGUUUUUACGACUUGCAUGUCAACAAACUGGAAAUGCUUGGAAACAUAUGAGCGAGGAGAUGCACGCUUUGCACUCAAAGAAUUGUGCGUUUAGAGCAAUUUUAGAAGAAGUCGCACGCGAAGGUAACUACACGGUGCGCCGUUUAAAGCGAAAGAGUGGAAAAGGUAAUGAUUCUAAUUAUACAAUGGACGCUUACGUGAGUAACUUAAAAAUCACGCACAAACUGGUAACUUCAGAAGGAACGGACGCUGAAAUUGAUAGUAAUUUUACAGCUAAAAUGUUGGAAAAGUGGGCCGAGUACAAGGAAAAGUGCUACUUAGUGGAAAUUUUAACCGCAUUACAGACGGCGAUACAAAGCAUAUGUGAGAAUAUCGUCCUUCUGGAUCGGGCUCAGUCCUUGAAGGAAAAUGGUAUUAACUGCGACGUUUAUCAAAUUACGAAUGAUCGUAUUUCACCUCGAUGUCAUGCUCUGCUUGCCAACAAGUAG